UUCACCUCAUGUCCUUAUGAAACCCUUAAAAGUUCUGUUACCUUUAACCGGCGCAAAUGUAAAAUACGAACCUAAGCCUGUGCAUCAUACAGCUUUUGAAGAAAUGAAAACGUUACUUACAAAAACUCCGCUUUUCUCCAAUAUUGUGGAUCCUAAGUUACCAAAAAUUCUAUUUACUGACGCCAGUGCAUCUAAAGGUUCGUGUUUUUCCGCAGUUUUAGGCCAAGUGUCUACUCUUUCACCUGAUAAACUUGUGGUUCCCAGUUAUCUAAGUUUAAAUGAUCCUGUGCAUGCUCUAAUUUAUGAUAAACGUUUAUGUUUUCAGCCUUGUGAUAUUUAUUUUCAUGACACCUUUAUACCAAAAUCUACUCUCCCUAAAUCUAAAACACGAUUUAGUCCCAUCCCCGAUUUGUCGUAUUUGCAAUGCCCAUACCUAGGUUAUUCUAAAGAGACUAUUCACGAUUCUCUCUUCAUUUCUAUUAGGUCAAUUCAAUAUGUUUAUCAAUGUUCUUUUCUCUCUAUUUCUCAUAUGCGAGAAAUCACUAUUCAACGUGCUACAGACAGUCUUAUUAUUAAACAAAAAAUCCUACAAAACCAAUUUCAUAAUAAUUUAAAUGAUUAUAAACUUUUUACUAAUAAUUUCCUUCAUAAUCAAGGACCUCUAGACAAUAAUUUAGAAUUGCUUACGGCCCUCGCCCUGUCUCUUUAUCGAACUAUUAUCGUCAUUUCUUCUCUGGAAAUUCACUCAAAAAACCCAAUUCUUAAAUUCAACCCACAUGUUGAAAAGCCCCCGUUCAUUUUAGGCCUUUACAGUAAAUCAGAUAUUUUAAUUUUUCGUCCUUAUUAUAUUGACAAAAAUUCGGAUUUUGAUCUUAAACAAUUAGAAAAAUUUCAAAUUGUUCAUUUUUGGUCUAAAAUUAUCCCCAAUGAUUAUUUAACUAAACCCAUAUUGGAAUUAGAAUUGAUGGCUCUUUUAUUAGCAUUAAAUGGUCUAGACAAAUUAAUUGGUAAUAGUGAACUUUUAGCUAUUACUGAUUCUAAGAGUUUAUUUCUUUUAUUUGCUAACCCUCUUCAUAAAUCAUCCACUAAAAUUGCAAGAUGGAGUGAUAAACUAUAUAGUGAUUAUCCUAAUUUAAAACUCCGCUUUGUUAAUACAAAACUAAAUAUCGCAGACUAUUUAUCACGUGAUUUUUCAAUUGACACUUCUGAUAUUAAACGAAUUCCUUUUAAAAAUUACUCUGUUCCUGAUUUAGAUGACCAUUUAGAUUCUUCUAAAACCUUUUCUCUCCCAGAGUGGAAAGAUUUUGUUAACAAAAAUUUACAUUUAUUAAAAGUAGUCUCAACUGAACCCACAAAUCAGGUCGUACUUUCCCUUAAUAAAACUGUUCAAGAUAUGACCAAACUCCUUGAACCUAUUAACGCUUUAAAAAAACGAAUUUCUUUUGCAAAUAUUGCAUUACAACAAAAACUUCAAUUUAAUCAAAUAAUUAAUAACUGCCUUAAAUCCGAUAAUCAAUCUACGACUUUUGAAACCAAACAUUAUAAAUAUCAAAAUGGUUUAUUGUACUGUUUUGACCAAGGUGUACAACGUAUUGUUGUCCCUAAAUCUUUAGAAGGCUUAAUGAUCGCUCAUUACCAUUUAGCCUACGCACAUGCUGGCCUAGCCAAAAUGUCUGCUUUAAUGUUUACUUACUAUUUUCCGCAAAAAUUAGAAAAAAUAAAAAAUCUUGCCGCUCGGUGCCACCCUUGUGCGCUCAAUAAUAUGACUAACAGAAAACAUAAAUCUGGAAUGUACCCUUUACCACAAAACGUUUUUACCACAAUAUUUGCAGAUUUAGCUGAAAACCUUAACCCUAGUGGAGGUUUUCAACAUCUUUUAAUCAUUGUUUGUGGUUUAUCUGGUUUUAUUCGUGUAUAUCCGUUAAAAUCUAAAACUUCUGAUAAGAUAUUAUUCCAUCUUUUAUAUGAUAUUUUCCAAUACUUUUCUGUCCAAUAUUUUAUAAGUGACAAUGCCCCGUGUUUUAGUGAAAAACACUUUCUAGCAACUUUACAAAUUCUAGGCAUUAAAAAGAUUCAAAUUGCCUCUCUUUCUCCUACUUCUAACGCGAUCGCUGAGCGAUCUGUUGGAAUCAUUAAAAAACUAUUAAAGAAAACUCUUACCACAUUUGAUACGUAUAAUUGGAAUACUAUCUUGCCGUUAGUUGUUAAACAGUUCAAUUCUACAGUGUGCAUUAAAACCAAUUAUUCUCCGUUAACGAUGCUCCACGGUUUGAACUCGGUUCAUAACCACUCCGAUCUCACGAAACCUCUCCCCUCAAAACUUUAUCCACUCCUAGAAAACCACAAAUCUUACGUAGAACAAAAGUUUAAAGAAAAAGAAAUAGUUUUAAAAUUCGUUAGAGAAUCACUUUAUGAAUACAAAAUUGCAACUCAAGAAAAAUUUGAUAAAAAUAAAGUUGUUCACAAUUUUCAAAAAGGAGAUUAUGUUUUCUUGAAAGACACGAAAAUCACUUUAGGAGCUUCACGCCCUUUAAGAAGUUAUUAUAGCAGUGACCCUUAUGUAGUUUUAGAGGUCAAACAUACUACACUACUAUUACAAAGAUUAGCAGAUGGAUUCCAGUCCAUCUAUAAUAUGAAUAUGGUUAAGAAAUAUUCACCGUUAAGUUCCGAAUUUUCUGAUCUCCCUUUGGAAGUUAGAGAUAUUUUAGUUCAUACCUUUGAUAAAUUAGACAGAUUACAUUUUGAAAAGUUAAGAGAAUUAGGCACUUUAGAUCACCCUAAUGGAAAUAUCUUAGAUUAUGAACUUUUAGCAGAACAUCAAAGUGAAGAUUUACAAAAUGAAAAUGCCAUGUACCCAUCUGAUUUGAAUCCUGUAUUAGAACCUAAUCCAGAAAAUGGUAACAUAGAUAAUAAUAAUACUCUUAAUCUAGGUGAUGCUGAGCUAAACCCAUCUCUGAAAUCUAAUCCUGAAGAUAAAUUAGAACCAACAGAUUUAGAUAUCUCUACACCAACAUCAGUUCCAACCAAGCCUAAAAGGAAUAAAUCUAAGGUGCCUCCUAUUUCUAUGCAAACAAGAGCUGCUAAAUUAAAAGAAACUCUUAAUUCUGAUUCAGAAUCUGAUUCAGAAACCAAAGAAGUUAGUUUUAACACAGAUUUAUAA